GUAUUACAUGUUUUGCUAGUUUAGGAUUUUACUAUUUGAUGAUUGUAAAUUGGUUUACACAAUUCAGUCUAUAUGACUGCAAUACAUUUACUACUAUAGGGCACAAAGCAGAACAUUAGACAAGAGGACCAUAAAUCGUUUUAGCUCCCGUGUUCACAUCGGACCACGAACAAUGUAACGUACUUCCGGUGCUUGUUUGGCUGGCAAUUUGAAAUGUGUACAAUGUAAAAUCGUGUUGUUUUCGUAGAUUUAAUGGCAAUCUUAUUAAAUGACACGUUCCAAAUCACUACUGCAACAGUCCUAUAGUGACAUAUACGAGUUUAACGUCACUUUCUAGUCUCUAUACUAUGUUUAAAAGGAUGGCUGAAUUUGGACCAGAUUCCGGGGGUAGAGUGAAGGGUGUUACGAUCGUCAAACCCAUCGUAUUCGGAAACGUUGCUCGGUAUUUUGGAAAGAAGCGAGAGGAGGAUGGACACACUCACCAAUGGUCUGUGUACGUGAAACCAUACAGAAACGAGGAUAUGUCUGCAUAUGUGAAGAAAAUCCAGUUCAAGCUACAUGAAAGUUAUGUGAAUCCACUCAGAGUGGUGACGAAGCCUCCGUACGAGAUCACAGAGACGGGCUGGGGAGAGUUUGAGAUCAUCAUCAAGAUGUUUUUCAUCGACCCCAAUGAGAGGCCGGUGACUCUCUACCACCUACUGAAGCUCUUCCAGUCAGACUCCAGUGCCAUGCCCAAGAAGACGGUGGUCUCAGAAUUCUAUGAUGAAAUGAUCUUCCAGGACCCCACAGCCAUGAUGCAACAGCUCCUUAGCACCUCUAGACAACUGACCCUGGGGGCCUAUAAGCACGAGACUGAGUUUGCGGAGCUGGAGCUGCGGACGCGGGAGAAGCUGGAAGCAGCGAAGAAGAAGACCAGUCAGGAGAUCACAGACCUGAAGGAUAGACUGAAGGCCAGCAGAGAGACCAUCAACUUCCUGAAGGGAGAGAUACGCAAGCUGGAGGAGGAGGACCAGAUCAAAGACCACUGAUACACACACACACUGGGUGAAUCUCAAUUGUAUUAUCUUGAUUCCUCAUACCUUCUCUCCUUGCAUCCUUCUCAAAACUCAUUGGAACACAAGAUAUGAGGUUCCUUGUCUUGGAUCUUCUCUUCCUAUGCGUUUUGAGAAGGAGAUGAGAGAGGAUGCCAUGAAUCAUGGAUAUACAAUUGAGACACACCCUAAAUUCCAAAUCAACCUAUAGGCCAUCUUCCCGAGGCACCCCUGUAGAUCUGAAGGGUUUGGAUAGGUGGAUGCAAUAUGGUGCUUGUGACUCAACUUGUCUUCUGAUUUCUGAUAGGCUGGAUGGAGUUUACGCCUUUUUUCUUCCACCUAUCCAACCCCUUCAGAGCAAAGGGAGGUGCCAGGGAGGAGGGGCUAGGGAUGGAUUUGGAAAUUGCCCUAGUCUGGAAUCCACACAGAAUAUCACUCCAUUUUACGAUUGUUUAAUUCCAUAAUAUAAUAUCUGUCAUUUCUCAGAUGCUUUCAUCCAAAGUGACUUAGUCAUGCGUGUGUAUAUUCGUCGUACGGGUGGGUCCCUGGAAUGGACUCCACUAUCCUGGCCGUACUGUCACCAUGCUCAUCCUGCCAGUACUGUCACCAUGCUCACCCUGCCAGUACUGUCACCAUGCUCAUCCUGGCCUUACUGUCACCAUGCUCAUCCUGCCAGUACUGUCACCAUGCUCAUCCUGCCCGUACUGUCACCAUGCUCAUCCUGCCAGUACUGUCACCAUGCUCAUCCUGCCAGUACUGUCACCAUGCUCAUCCUGCCAGUACUGUCACCAUGCUCAUCCUGCC